AAAACAUUCUUUAGCUAAACAAGCAAAAUAAUUAAAAUGGAAGAAAGCAUAAAUCCAUUUGUCUUUGCUUCCAAGUGACAACAACAACAACAAAAAAUGUGUGAUGUUGUUACCAUUUUCCCCAAUUAUUGCCACGAUUGGAUUUGUAAUUGUGCCCACGAACAACGAUUGCUAACCCUUUUGAUUUGAUUUGAUUUAUUCAUCCUGCACAGGAAUUUCCGCCUCACUGUUGUUAUUCAAUUUGUCGCGUCGGCAUCGACAAGAAUCGGCGGAGAAUUUCCAAAACAGCCGCAGACGGGAAGAGGAUUUCGACAUUUCUUUUUUCCUGAUAUAUUUUAGGGGUGAUUUAAGACUUGGAAGCAUAAAUAUGAGUGGGAAAACUAAGAAGAGAACGGUGGCCGAGAAUGGCGAUACAGGUGAAGAUUCUGUUCUCGCGACGAUGGUCAGCAAUGGUGAGGAUAUGGGGCCGAUGGUUAGGCUGGCAUUUGAGACAGGAAAGCCCGAAUCGCUUUUGCAUCAGCUCAGGAACCUAGUGAAGAAGAAAGAAGUAGAGAUCGAGGAUCUCUGCAAGGUCCAUUAUGAGGAGUUUAUUGUGGCUGUGGACGAGCUGCGAGGGGUUUUGGUAGAUGCCGAGGAGCUGAAAAGCGAGUUGUCGAGUGAUAACUACAGGUUACAGCAGGUUGGGAGUGUGCUACUCGCGAAACUUGAAGAGCUUCUUGAAUCGUAUUCAGUUGAAAAGAAUGUUACUGAAGCGAUCAAGAUGUCAAAGAGCUGUGUCAAAGUGCUGGAACUUUGUGUGAAGUGUAAUAAUCACAUCUCCGAAGGCCGGUUUUAUCCUGCCAUAAAAGCUGUGGAUCUGAUUGAGAAAAACUAUUUGCAGCACAUUCCCGUCAGGGCACUGAGGAUGCUGAUAGAGAAGAGAAUACCUCUGCUGAAAUCCCACAUCGAAAAGAAGGUUUGCAGUGAGGUUAAUGAGUGGUUAGUUCAGAUCCGAAGUGCUGCAAAGGAUAUUGGGCAAUCUGCAAUUGAGUACGCUUCGUCUGCUCGCAAGAGGGAUGAGGACAUGUUGGCCCGACAAAGGAAGCUGGAGGAGCAAAGUUCAGUGGGCUUAGAAGAGUUCACUUACACAUUGGAUGUCGAAGAAAUUAAAGAAAAUGCUGUUCUGAAGUUUGAUCUCACACCUCUUUAUCGAGCAUAUCACAUACACACUUGUCUUGGAAUCCAAGAUCAGUUUCGUGAGUAUUAUAACAGGAAUCGGCUCCUGCAGCUGAAAUCAGACUUACAGAUAUCGUCAAGCCAUCCUUUCCUUGAAUCCCAUCAGACAUUUUUGGCUCACAUUGCGGGUUAUUUUAUUGUUGAAGAUCGGGUUUUAAGGACAGCUGGUGGGGUUCUUGCCCCAGAUGAACUUGAGGAAAUGUGGGUAACGGCUGUGGCCAAAGUAACCGCAGUCUUGGAGGAGCAAUUCGCCCGUAUGGAUCAGGCAAACCAUCUUCUGUUAGUGAAGGAUUACGUAACACUUUUUGGAACGACGCUCAGACAAUACGGUUAUGAUGUUUCCCGGAUUCUUGAAACAUUGAACAGCAGCCGCGAGAAAUACCACGAGCUACUUUUGGGAGAGUGCCGGGAACAAAUUACAUCCAUCCUUGAGAACGAUACGUAUGAGCAAAUGGUGCUGAAAAAGGAGUCUGAAUACCAGGCGAAUGUGCUUCUAUUUCAUCUUCAAACCUCAGAUAUAAUGCCAGCCUUCCCCUACAUUGCUCCUUUCUCUUCCAUGGUACCUGAUUGCUGUCGCAUCGUCCGUAAAUUUAUCAAGGACUCUGUUAAUUACCUGUCAUAUGGGGAACAGAGGAACUAUUUUGAUUUUGUCCGCAAGUACCUGGACAAACUCUUGAUCGAUGUCCUAAAUGAAGCUAUACUAAACACCAUUCAGAGUGGCACCACUGGCGUGUCUCAGGCAAUGCAGAUUGCUGCUAAUAUAUCUGUUCUCGAGAGGGCUUGUGAUUAUUUUCUUCAGCACGCAGCUCAGCAAUGUGGAAUUCCACUCCGAUCCAUUGACAGGCCUCAAGCAAGUUUAGCAGCGAAGAUUGUUCUCAAGACCUCCCGGGAUGCUGCUUAUAUCGCCUUACUGAGCUUGGUGAAUUCUAAACUAGAUGAAUUCAUGUCACUCACAGAAAAUGUGAAUUGGACUUCUGAAGAAGAAAACCCACGAGGAAAUGAGUACAUAAAUGAGGUUGUCAUAUACCUCGACACUGUCAUGUCCACUGCUCAGCAGAUUUUACCAUUGGAUGCCUUGUAUAAGGUUGGGAGUGGUGCGCUUGAGCAGAUAUCAAACUCGAUUGUGGGAGCUUUUCUUAGCGACAGUGUGAAGAGGUUUACGGUUAGUGCAGUCACAAGCAUUAACAAUGACUUGAAGGCCUUGGAAGCUUUUGCAGAUGAAAGGUUUCACUCGACUGGAUUGGAUGAGAUGUAUGCGGAUGCAAACUUCCGGGGUUAUUUGAUUGAGGCUCGGCAAUUGAUAAACCUUCUACUGAGCAGUCAGCCUGAAAACUUCAUGAAUCCUGUGAUAAGGGAGAAGAAUUACAACACUUUGGAUUAUAAGAAGGUUGCUACUAUCUGUGAGAAGUACAAGGACUCGGCGGAUGGACUUUUUGGUAGCCUUUCGAAUAGGGCCUCAAAGCAAAGCGCGAGAAAGAAGUCCAUGGAUGUGCUCAAGAAACGGUUGCGGGAUUUCAACUGAGAGAGCUUGUCAAGUUUUUGUUUUAUUUUUCCUCCGUAUGAUGGUUUAGAAUUAGCUAUUGAAUUCCCAAUAUUCUUUACUAGAAUCUAGUUUGAUCUGUGGCUUUUAGUCCUUAUCUGGUUUAAUGUUGAGUUCCUCUUUAUGCCUAGUUUUUUAAGUGAUUGUCAAAUUUUAUAAUGUUUACUGCAUCUCUACGACAAAAAGAAAAAAAAUCACAAUUUUUGGCUCUGCA